CUCGUUCAAGCAACGGCUCUGAUCCGCUGUUAGCUUUCAUUGCAAUUCAUGGCCCCACUCUGAACCUCUCUCUCUCUCUAUCUCUCUCAUUGAGCUUUGUGCUUCAAAAUGGCCACCAAGAACCAAAACAAGCCUCCAUUUCCCAACCACAACCUCACAAGUACAGCCACAAACCCUUCGAGUAGAAAGUGUAUUGGUGAUGAGAAAAUGGUUGGGACGGCAAACAAUGGUAGGAGCAGGCAAGCGUUUUCGGUGGUAAAUGGCGGGCAAGAUCUCUGCCCGAAUAGCGCUCCGGCGAGCAAUGCGGGCUCGGAGUGUGGAGGGAUUGAGUUUACUCGAGAGGAUGUUGAAGCGUUGUUGAAUGAGAAACCAAAAAGGAAGGACAGGUUCAAUCUUAAGGAAAGAUGUGAUAAUAUGGUUGAGUACAUCAAGAGGCUUAAGUUAUGCGUCAAAUGGUUCCAAGAGCUUGAGGGAAGCUACUUAUUUGAGCAAGAGAAGUUGCUGAACAUGUUGGAGUCGGCCGAGCAGAAAUGCAAUGAAACGGAGGGACAAAUGAAAAACAAGGAAGAAGAGCUGAAUUCAAUUAUCAUGGAGCUAAGAAAGAACUACGCUUCUUUACAAGAGAAGUUUACAAAGGAAGAGACGGAUAAGUUGGAUGCUGUGGAUUCUCUUGCAAAAGAGAAAGAGGCUAGACUUAAUUUUGAGAGGUCUCAAGCUUCUCUGUCCGAAGAGCUUGCCAAAGCUCAACGAGAGCUUUUAAGUUCUAAUCAGAAGAUAUCGUCACUUAAUGAUAUGUACAAGCGACUACAGGAUUACAACACAAGCUUACAGCAGUACAAUGGUAAACUUCAUACGGACCUUUCUACAGUUGAAAACGAGCUUAAGCAUGUAGAGAAAGAGAAGGCUACUAUAGUUGAAAGCCUCAGCAUGUUAAGGGGUCAACUUACUAUGUCCAGAGCUUCUCAAGAUGAGGCUAUAAAGCAAAAGGAUGCUUUGGUGAACGAAGCUGCUUUUCUUCGGGCAGAGCUACAUCAAGUGAGAGAUGAUCGUGAUCGUUUGCAGCCACUAGUGCAGACUCUAACAACUGAUGUGGUGAAACAUAAAGAGUCUACUGAAAAAUAUGUUGCUGAGUUGGACCACCUGAUAAUAAAAACAAAUGAACUAGAGGCAACCUGUUCUUUGCAAAAUAACAAGAUAAGGAUACUGCAGAACCAGCUAGCAACUGCAGAGGAGAAAUUGCAGCUUUAUGAUUCAUCUGCACUCGAGACACGAACUGAAUUUGAAGGGCAAAAGAAACUUAUAAAUGAGUUACAAAAUCGCCUGGCAGAUGCAGAAUUCAAACUUGUGGAAGGAGAGAUGCUACGCAAAAAAUUACAUAAUACCAUCUUGGAACUUAAAGGGAAUAUUCGAGUAUUCUGUAGAGUGCGACCUCUUUUGCCUGAUGAUGGUGGUAUUAGCAUGGAAGGAAAGGUUUUCUCUUAUCCGACAUCCAUAGAGACUCUUGGACGGGGAAUUGAUGUAGUGCAAAGCGGGCAGAAGCAUGCUUUCACAUUUGACCAAGUUUUCAUGCCUGAAGCAACACAGGAUGAUGUUUUUGUAGAAAUCUCACAACUUGUACAAAGUGCUCUGGACGGUUAUAAGGUUUGCAUUUUCGCCUAUGGUCAAACAGGUUCUGGUAAAACUUAUACUAUGAUGGGUAGGCCAGGACAUCCUGAGCAAAAGGGUUUAAUACCCCGCUCACUAGAACAAAUAUUUCAAACUAGGCAGUCUCUUCAACCUCAAGGUUGGAGAUAUGAAAUGCAGGUAUCUAUGUUGGAAAUAUAUAAUGAAACAAUUCGUGACUUGUUAUCAACACCCGGUGUUGCUGGAAAGCAAUAUGCAAUUAAACACGAUGCAAAUGGAAAUGCACACGUCUCUGAUCUUACAAUUGUGGAUGUCCGCAGUGCUAAAGAGGUCUCGUUUCUCUUAGAUCAGGCUGCACAGAGCAGGUCUGUAGGCAAGACCCAGAUGAAUGAGCAAUCAUCACGAAGUCACUUUGUUUUCACGCUACGAAUAUUUGGUGUUAAUGAGAGCACCGAACAAGAAGUACAAGGAGUUUUGAAUCUUAUUGAUCUUGCUGGGAGUGAGCGUCUUUCUAAGAGUGGAUCAACCGGGGACCGAUUGAAAGAAACCCAAGCCAUUAAUAAAAGUUUAUCAUCCCUGAGUGAUGUUAUACUUGCAUUAGCAAAGAAGGAAGACCACAUACCCUUUAGGAACUCAAAGCUUACUUAUCUUCUUCAGCCUUGUUUAGGUGGGGACUCAAAGACGCUGAUGUUUGUGAACGUCUCUCCUGAUCCUUCCUCAGUGGGUGAGUCACUUUGCUCACUCCGUUUCGCAGCCCGGGUAAACGCUUGUGAGAUUGGGAUUCCGCGGCGUCAAACUAACACACGACCUUCAGAUUCACGCUUAAGCUAUGGCUGAUCUUUUGAUAGAUUAAUUAUUCCUUUCCUUCUUGAGGCAACCAAGUCUUCUGUAUCUCUAUUACUCGUAUCAAAAUUUGAAAUGAGUGAUUCUAACGUAGGUUAAUAUGUUGUAUAGCAAAAAAAAAAAGUAUUGAGUUCGUAUUAAUCAAAGAAUAUCUUUCUGAUAUUUGAUAAUAUUCAAUAUAUGAAAAUUUUUCUUUCUUCUC